CCAUUUUCCAAUUUCAAUUUUCAACUUCAAGUCUUCAACUGUUUUGAAAUCCAAGGUGUUUAUCGAGGCCAUGGAUAUAUCAGACUAUAUUCCCGUGUAUGAAGGACAGCUAGCUUUUAUUACUUUUACCAUAACAUCAAUACUUCUGGUGGUAUUGUGGACUUCCAUAUCUAGUGUGAUCUUCAUCAUCAUAGAGGCUUCUUGUGUUGUCACACUUCUGUCCCUGUGGAACCCAGUACGUAUCAGUCGUGUAAUUCUUGUCUCUCACCUAUUAGGAUUUGUGUUUGGUUUGGGUAUCUUGAUACUUCAGUUUGAAAGUGAAUCAGGGAUCCAGUAUGUGGGGGCCUACUUGAUAUCACUCUCAUUCUUUCACUGCUCAGAAUAUGUCAUCACAGCCAUUCAUAAUCCAAGAACACUUUCCCUAGAUUCAUUUCUUAUUAAUCAUAGUAAAGAGUAUGUUAUAGCAGCUGUUGCUAGCUGGAUUGAAUACGCCUUGGAGUAUUAUUACUGGCCGUGGAUUAAGUCUCUGUAUUUUAUAAGUUUUCUGGGCAUUGCUUUGGUUGUUUUUGGUGAAUCUUUACGAAAACUAGCUAUGCUCACUGCAACGUCAAAUUUUACUCACAAUAUUCAAUAUUACAAACGUCAUGGACAUCAACUUGUUACAUGGGGGGUGUACAAAUUUUUUCGUCAUCCAUCGUAUGUUGGUUGGUUUUACUGGAGUUUUGGCACACAGCUUGUGUUAUGUAAUCCUGUGUGUGCUGUGGCAUAUGUAGCUGCUUCUUGGUUGUUCUUUCGUGAUAGGAUAAUGUGUGAAGAAGAGAGUCUAGUUCAUUUUUUUGGUCAGGAGUAUCUUGACUAUCAGGAGAAAGUUGGAACUGGAUUGCCAUUCAUCAGUGGUUUUAGGUAACCAAGCAUAUCUAAACCAAA